GGGUUAGUAGAAGUCACCGCUCUCCAUCGCACAACUUUUUAAUCGCGCCCCUGUGCUGCGGUCUUUGCGCCUGAGGGCGGGCAACGCGACACACGUAGCCGUUAUGGCCAGGAGCGGUGUGCGCAGGCGUGUAUAUCGGGUCUCGGUGCAGCAGGCGCACGCACCCCGUCGUCGCGUAGCGUCGCGGUUCGAGCAACAGAGUGCUGUGUAUACACCCCCGCCCACGUAUUAUUUUGUGCGGUCAGCCCGAAGUCAGCCAGCCAGCCAGCCACGCUUCCUCCGAUCUCGCGAGCGGACGGGGAACCGCCUGGCUUAGGGACAGCCAGGGCGGAUGAUGCAUUCGUUAUUUUACGAGGGGCAACCACGGGCCGCGCUACCGCGCCACGUAAGGAAACUUUAACGUGACACCGCGGACGAGCAUGAUUCUGGCUGGAUCAGACCACUUCUUAGCGGUACCUGUGGAAGCGACUGCAGUUCUGGGUGCCGUUGCUGGUUUCAUAGUCCUACUACUGGCUCUCUUUCUCUACUUAUCCCGGAAGUGGUGCUUCACGCCGCCCUCGUCCACCGCGCUCUUCGGCGGAGUCUGUGUGCCUCUCUGUGAGUCCACCAACAGCUCCACAUCUCAAAUCUCGAAAAACAUAGGGAAGGCAUUCUCCUACUCGGAUCCUGAAACAAGCUCCGAUUCAGAGGAAGACGCCCUACGACGAUUGAAUUCGCGCUCGCAUCCUCCGCCGGAUACGCUGACUAUCCAAGCGGAAGAUGGACCGACCACCAUCGUGGAUGCUGGGACGACUUCCAGCAGCUGCACUGAGGAACACCCUCCGGCAGAUCAACAACAGUGCGUAGUGGAAGUCGGAGCUUCUAGCAUUAUACUCGACAGUAGGGAGCAGGAAAUAGAAGUCGAGCAAAAUGAGCCGACGACUAAUGACGUCAUCAGGACGAUGGGCACAACGACUACAGAGGAAAUCGGCGGUCUGGAAGUCGCUUUCUUAUACGACGCCCCGAUGCGCGAGAUGACAGUUCACGUGCUGCAAGGUCGAAACUAUCCACCCGGCAUCGGCGGCAGCCAGGUACGGCUGGUCCUUUUACCGUCGAAGAAACAGAGACGCAAAACUCGAGUCCGCCAAGGGACGUCCCCGCAGUACAUGGAGAGCUUCUUGCUUCCUCGUGUGAAUCCGGAGGACGUGAAUGCGAUGGGAGUGCGGCUCAGAGUAUAUCUUUGGGGCGGCAGGAUGAUGCGUCGGGAGAGAUUGUUGGGCGAAGCCAGGGUGUCUUUCGACCAGAUCAAUCUCCAACUAGAAACUACCCUCUGGUUGACUCUUCAGCCGCCGCUUUCCUCCUCGGCACAGGAUUGGGGGACCACCAGCAGUCUUACUCGCAGCGACUCCACGGGAUCUCAGCAGUCGGUCCAGUCGUACGCCUCACCUGCCGUACCACCUUACGGCAGCAGCAUGAAGGGCGGCAGUGUCGCGGAGAUUCUAAUCGGUUUGGCAUACAACGGUACGACAGGCCGCUUGUCAGUGGAGAUAAUCAAGGGUUCCCAUUUCCGCGGCGGCGGCGGAAACGACACAAAACCACCUGACACUUACGUGAAGCUGGCCCUGGUCGACAGCAACGGUCACGAGAUGGGCCGGUCGAAGACAGGGCUGAAGCGUGCCCAGCCAAAUCCUCUCUACAAGGAAACUUUCAUAUUUCAGGUUGCUUUGUUCCAACUGGGGGAUGUGACGCUCUUCUUGUCCGUGUAUAAUCGCCGGCGAGGUGGAAUGGGCAGAAAGGGACGGGAGAUGAUCGGCUGGCUCUGCCUCGGUCUCAACAGCUCCGGGUCCGAGGAGUUGCAGCAUUGGAAUGACAUGCGGACGGCGCGCCAGCCGACGCAGGUGCAACGUUGGCACUCGCUGUUGCGCCCUUGAAGCAGCCCUGAGCACGCGCCUGCCACGGAUUGAUGAUUCUCGAAACAGCAGUUCGAGCGCGGACGGACCGGAUUUGAUACUUUGGCAAUUCGCCGAAGGGUAAAGGAGAAAGGGAGAGAUAGAUAGAUAGAGAGAGAGAGAGAGAGAGAGAGAGAGAGAGAGAGAGAGAGAGAGAGAGAAAACGGACGCGCAUUUCCGGGGGGAAGGAACAGCCGCUCUCGCGCGGGGCGGACUUGUCUCGAGAGGGAUCUCGACUACUUUCUCCUUAUCUCGCGGAGAUACUGCCCGGUCAAAGAACAACGGAAGUCAAUACUCCAGUCGAUCUGUCAAUCGCAAGUCGGAUCCCGAACAACGCAAAUGUCCAAUCACGACGUCUCAUAAAGAUACAUCCCGUUGACCUCUUGGAUGUCUGUUAAUUAGACCAUCAACACGAGCGUAUAACAGUAUCUCGUAAGGACCAUCCACGAGAAACGUCCCGAGAUCUCUCGGACGUGUUUGUCAAACACGAGUCUAACAGUGUGCACGCACGAUGAUGUCCUAGAAAAAGUUGCGCUAACUUCUCGCACACGUCUGUCGGACGGGAACGAGUGUGUCUGUUAACAUCGCGGAGACGUCCGGGAAACGUCCUCUAGAUCUCUCAGAUGUCCGUUCGACGAAGUCGUCGGCCGGUAUCGAAUGGCGUCGCGAAUUCAGACGACUCAGCAACGUUCUCUCGGGCGUCUGUUGGACAAACGCAAGUGUUCUGUUUCUUUGUUCCCUCCUCAAGUGGUGUCCCCCCCCCGUUCAAGGGCGUCCACAGAGGGGAAUGUUCCGACGAUGUCCCCUGCGACCGCGCGGGAGAAAACUCUUAGACGCCCUCUUAGAGGUUCCUCGGGCUUUUGUUUCUGUUGUUCGGGAUGCUGUUUGAGAUAAUUGUAAAUCUCUGAGUUGCAAACUCUCGCGUUUAAAUGUACCAAGUACAUUCCCUUUUUGAUACGCUGGUGGGAGCAGAGCGGGUGGGUUGUCUUCGAUGUCGAAGGGCCCCGACGUGAUCGCGCGGUGUUGUCGACCGACGCGCACCGGCUCGAUAUGUGCCUGAGCCAAUCUGAACCGUUUAUUUUUUACUUUGUGCCUUUCACCCUUUUUAGGCCACGCGCCACGCUAAACGGAGAAUUGUCGUGGAACGUGAGGCGGAGUUCAAGCGGCCAGGAUUCGAACGGCCGUCUCGUCCCGAGACGGGCGAUCUGCAUCUCUCGACUUCACCGUACUGUAAGAUACCGCAAGGGUGGCCACGCCGGUGUUUUUCGAGUCGACGAAACUGGGAAAUUGUUGUGCGUAUUGGUAGAAAGGUAAAAACCCGGGGGUAAAAUUGCACGGAACUUUCGACUCGUGCGACGGUCAGUUGAAUCAUCGGAGACUUUGCAUUCGCUCGCGCGGAGAACAAUGUUGGAGGUGAUUCGUGCGUCCACCCUUGAGACAAGACAAGACAGCCGGCACAGUGAAUUGUCAUCGUGCGAUCGUGUCUGACGCUUUGCAGAACAAUAACGAAAUUGUUGAGACACCUCGGUCUGCCGUUCUUCUCUCUCAAUCGCGCAACUCGAAUGCGCGAACUGCUGAGCAAACGCGCGAGUUAACGCCAUAUCGAUAAUAUAAGCAUUUUCGAUAUUUCAACGUUAUCUCUUUUUCAGUGCUUUUCGUGCACUUGCAGCUUUGUUGAUUUGCAUCGCUAAGUAACCUCGGCUACCUUAAGCUCUAAGCUUUAAGUGCGAAAUUUCAUCGGGAGAGAAGUUAAUGAGUCUCUGCCUCGCCGAAGAACGUGUUCUCGCUUUACUUUUCUUAUAAGUCUCUUUUUUGUCUUUUUUCCUUCUCCGUAAAAUCUCUUCUACUUCACGAGACGCAUAGUCGCAUUGUGUGGACACACCGUCCGAAUAUCUCGGCAACGGCGUUGUUGUUCUUCAAAUUAUGAAUCAUCGCUAUUACUGUGUCGUUUUGUCAAUAUUGACCCAUCUUAUAGUACAUUCGACGGAUAUUCGAUUUGCUUGUGUUUGCUCGCACGAAUCGAUAUUGCAAACGUUGGGCCCGUGUUCUCGCCAUGCAUUUAACGUACAAACGUACACAGCUAUCCGAUUUCCACUGUCCGGUGUAUCUCGGUGUAUUCAUGACAUUAUACUCGCGGUGUAUCGUUAGCCGGAGAUCAGACAUUUUACCGGAACGGAGCGCAAGUGCCUCGACAGUCAAUCCCGAGAGAAGGAGGUCGACCGCCACUUGCCGUCGAUGAAAACGUCGAACUCGGCGAAAUAAUACACGGCAAUUCGUCUUGUCGGCUGAAGAAUAACACAGCAAUGGUGCGAUUCUGUAACUCGUUAUUGGAGUUUACGACACUUUCGUUAUCGUUGCGCAGCUUUUGUAUACCGUAGAAAAGCUGCGCAACGAUAACGAAACUGUCGUUAACUCCUCCAAUAACAAGUUAAAGAAUCGCACUACAGGGCACGUAUUACGGACUCGCUCGGAAUUAAGUUAAGUUAUCCUCUAGAUUUCUAUCGUGUUUUCUAGGGAAAACGGAAUUAUUUUCCGAUCGAAAUCGCAUCUGGACAAGUAUCCAUAAUAUAUGCCCUGAAUCGCCACCUGACCAAUACCGAGAAGGCUCUCGCUAUUAGUCCCUGUUGCGACUGGCAACGAUCAUGCUGGCCGUCCCGUUCGCCAAGACGCUAUGCUUGUGCGUUUAUGUUCAUUUUUAUACAUAACGCGACGGUCUUCAUUAACCUUUAGAUUAGUUCGGUUCACUUAGCCGCGAGACCUUUCAUCCUAAUGCAAAUCCGGCAUCUUACGCUUCGUUCAGAUAUGUCUGAAGGAGUUCGGAAUCGGAACGGGCUUAGAAGCGGCGAGUAAGUGGCGUUAAGCUGUGAGAUUAAGAACACGGGUGUUGGUGUCUUGAGAUGGUUCGAGAAUGGAUUGAUACAUGCGCGGGCGGCAAUUGGCGCCAUGGCGUCGACGACGAUGACGACGACGAUGACGACGACGAUGACGACGACGACGACGACGAUGACGACGAUGACGACGACGACGACGACGACGACGAUGAUGACGAUGUUGACAACGAUGACGAUGAUGGUGAUUUCAGGCCAAGAUACCUCGAUCGGGGGUGAUCGGGAUGACUUGUACGAGCGGGGCGGAUUCACACAAUUCAAUGACGCACAAUGACUCGCAAAACGCACUCCGUAAACGCAGAUUGUGAUUGUAGAGUCGAUAUAACUGUAACUCGAAUUAGAAACAUAUACGAGUACAUGAGUACGUUAGAUAGAGAUGUUAUAAUCAGUAACGUUAAUAUUAGAGAAAGUUUUUCGACGAGCAAACGGGGGUUCCCGCCGCGUUUAUUGCACACUGUACCGUUAAGGCGUCGCGAUUUCGAUAUGUCGCGCCAUAAGUAACAUUUUCGCUGUUCGGGCAUUUUGUACGAGAAACUCGCGCCUGUCAGUAUCAGGUGCCUAGCUGUUACUCUCGACAACGGAGAUCAUAGACUCUUGAUUAUCCGCGCGCUUCUCCUCGGUCGAUACGAGUGUCUGAAAAAAGAGUAGUUAUGAGUACACACUCGAGUUGCUUUUCAGAUAUGUUCAAAGGAGGCGUCUGGAGAUCUCCAGCCACGCGAGUCCUUGCAACAUCCGUAUGAACAUUCGUAUUAACCGAAUCGAAUAGUUACCGCCGUGUCAUGGCGG